AUGCCGAAAAGCAGUAUUGGUGCAAAAAUGAUAACUACUGGUGCUAAUAGCGUUCGUAUUCCAAUGAUACAAACUAGUUGUAUGACCUCUGAGUUUGACAAUACAUACCCGAUACAUCUGAAUGGCAUCAUCAGUCCAGAAGAUUUUCAACAUUCAAUAUCAAAUAUAAAUCGUUCAUUUUCUUCAUCAAAAUUUUCAAAAAUGUUGUGUAUAUUUAUAGUUCUGUGGAUGAUUGCUGGACUAAUUAUGAUCAUUACCGGCGGCAUUACUGCUGUAUCCUCGUUUCGAACGGGUAUUUCCCCUCUGGUGAUUGUAGGUGUUGCCAUGUGGGCUGGCGGGAUACUAAUUAUCGGUUUUGGAUGUAUGGCGAUCCAAUCAAGGCGUAUGCAACGACUUCGCGAAGCUGUUGCUAAUGAAUCGGUGAAAUAUUCAUCAGCGUCUAGACCAGCCAGUUGGAGAAUAGAUACUUUCCAAUGGUAUGGAUGGCAACGAAGAAAUGUCACAUAUAAUUUGGUUAUUGAUCUCGAGCCAAAUUUUGCUAUGGCACAAAAUGUUUAUCCAACACCCAGCUAUUCUACUGCACCACCUGCAUACCAACAAAAUAAGAGACCGGAAUCUUCUCCACACGACAAUAAUCAAGUACAGCCUGUCACAUACUGUUCUAAGUGUGGUGCAGCUCGACAAGAUUAUGCAGGCAACUUUUGCUCAUCAUGUGGACAAAGUUAUCAUAAAUACUAA